AUGCCCUUCAAUACGGAGCUCACGCGGCGGCUGGGGAUCAGAGUCCCGGUGGUGCAAGGUGGCAUGAUGCAUGUGGGAUAUGCGGAGCUGGCAUCUGCCGUGUCCAACGCCGGAGGCCUAGGCCUGAUCACGGCACUGAUAUUCCCGACGCCGGAGGAGCUGCGCGCGGAGAUCCGACGAUGCCGCAAGCUGACGGGCCGGCCGUUUGGCGUCAACAUCACGUUGCUGCCGUCGCUGGUGCCGCCCGACUACGAGGCGUACGCGCAGGCGGUCAUCGACGAGGGCGUGCGCGUGGUCGAGACGGCUGGCAACAGCCCCGGGCCGGUGAUCGCGAAGCUGAAAAAGGCCGGCAUCACGGUGCUGCACAAGUGCACGACCAUCCGCCAUGCCGUCAGUGCUGUCAAGCUGGGCGUCGACUUUUUGUCCAUUGACGGCUUCGAGUGCGCCGGCCACGUCGGCGAGUCCGACAUCACCAACUUCAUUCUGCUGAGCCGCGCGCGUCAGACGCUGCAGGUGCCCUUUAUCGCGUCCGGCGGCUUUGCCGACGGCCAGGGCCUCGCGGCCGCGCUCUGCCUCGGCGCCUGCGGCAUCAACAUGGGCACGCGCUUCAUGUGCACGGUCGAGGCGCCCAUCCACCAGAACAUCAAGGACGAGAUCGUGCGUGCCCAAGAGACCGAUACCGCCCUGGUCCUGCGGCGCUGGCGCAACACCACUCGCCUGUAUCGCAACAAGGUCACUGAGGAGGCCCUCCAGGUCGAGCAUGGCAGCACUACGGGCGAGUUUGCCGAGAUCGCCCCCUUUGUCAGCGGCAAGCGAGGUCGCCAGGUCUUUAUCAACGGCGACCCCAACUACGGCGUCUGGACGGCAGGCCAGGUCAUCGGCCUGAUUCACGACAUUCCCACAUGCGACGCGCUGGUAUCGCGCAUCGAGAAAGAGGCCGAGACGACGCUGAAGGAGAAGCUGGACCUCCUCGCGCCUCCGGAAAGCAAGCUGUGA